AUGGCGUUUGUAUCUACAACUCUACAACCGCUUUCUCCUUUUUCACCAUUUGUCAAACAACAUAAUCCCAAUAGUAAUACUCAUGCCUUGCUCGCUUAUCAGACACCCAACUCUACAAACUCCCUUUUCUCCAAACGAGGAGGAUCCGUGGCUCACAAGAAACACACGUCCGUGGCUGUUCAUGGUGCACCGGAUCAGGUUCAGAGCUCCUGGACAAUACCCUUGUCGGAGGUUGUGGUGGUGAGAAAUAAGAGGGCAUUUUGGGAAAGGGGUUGGAAUUCUAGGGACGUCAGAAAUUUAGUCAUAGUCGUAGGGGUUCAUUUGAUGAGCCUCUCGGCUCCGUUCUACUUCAAUUGGGUGGCUUUUAAGCUUUUCCUUUGGCUCUUUUGGGUGAGCGGACUCUGCAUCAGCUUGUCUUUUCAUAACAAUUUGUAA